GCCGGCCAGUGAGCUGGCGAGGUGGCGUCUGCCCGAGCUGGCCGCUCCCGUUCCCCGCCAUGCAGAGGCCAGACUCCAGCGCUCGGCCUCUCUGAUCUGGUCUCAGCGCGGGAGGCGCCAAGGGAGCCCAUGGCGGAGCCCUCCGAGCCUGACCGGCCUGACGGCGGGAGCCAGGGGGAAGAAGAGGAUGAAGAGCGGGAACCGCUGCUGCCGCGGAUCGCCUGGGCCGACCGGCGGAAAGGCGCCCCGGGCAGCGCCGUGAGGCUGCUGGAGGCUGCCGGGGAGGCCGGCGCGGCCUCCCCUCCCGUGGCCGUCGACGAGGAACUGUUGCUUCCGCCCAGCGACGUGGGGGUCUCCCAGAGCUCGGCCACCAACUGGGACUGGAUCCGCCCCUUGGGUUCAGUAACUGCUAGUACUUCAGAGAUGAAUGCAGUCUUGGAUGAUCCAGAAUUUGCUGAUAUUAUGUUGAGAGCAGAGCAAGCAAUAGAAGUUGGAAUUUUUCCAGAAAGAAUCUUUCAAGGUUCAAGUGGAAGUUACUUUGUGAAGGAUCCUAAAAGGAAGAUUAUUGGUGUGUUUAAACCCAAAUCAGAAGAGCCUUAUGGUCAACUGAAUCCAAAAUGGACCAAAUAUGUUCAUAAGGUCUGCUGCCCUUGCUGCUUUGGCAGAGGCUGCCUGGUUCCUAAUCAGGGUUACCUUUCUGAAGCUGGUGCCUGCCUUGUGGAUGAAAAGCUUCAUCUGGGCGUUGUACCUAAAACAAAGGUGGUUUGGCUUGUCAGUGAGACCUUUAACUACAGUGCCAUUGACCGUGCAAAAUCAAGAGGCAAAAAGUAUGCUUUAGCAAAAGUGCCAAAAGUAGGUAGAAAGUUUCAUCGGAUAGGACUCCCUCCUAAGAUUGGUUCCUUUCAGUUAUUUGUUGAAGGUUACAAGGAGGCUGAAUAUUGGCUUAGGAAAUUUGAAGCUGACCCUUUGCCUGAGAAUAUUAGAAAACAAUUUCAGUCACAAUUUGAAAGAUUAGUUAUUUUGGAUUACAUCAUCAGAAAUACAGACAGAGGCAAUGAUAAUUGGUUAAUCAGUUAUGAAAAGCAGAAAUGUGGAAAAGAGAUUGACUGUAAGGAAUCAAAAUGUAUCGAUGAUAAGGAAUUGCGUAUUAAAAUAGCUGCAAUUGAUAAUGGUUUAGCAUUUCCUUUCAAACACCCUGAUGAAUGGAGAGCAUAUCCAUUUCACUGGGCUUGGCUUCCUCAAGCGAAAGUUCCUUUUUCUGAAGAAAUAAGAAACUUGAUUCUACCAUAUAUUUCUGACAUGAACUUUGUGCAAGAUUUAUGUGAAGAUCUUUAUGAACUUUUUAAGACUGACAAAGGAUUUGACAAAGCCACUUUUGAAAGUCAGAUGUCUGUGAUGAGGGGCCAGAUCUUAAACCUUACUCAGGCAUUGAAAGAUGGGAAGAGUCCUUUUCAGCUAGUACAAAUGCCUUGUGUAAUUGUGGAACGGAGUCAAGGUGGAAGUCAGGGUCGGAUUGUCCACCUAAGCAAUUGCUUUACCCAGACUGUCCAUUGCAGGAAGCCAUUUUUUUCUGCCUGGUAACAGAUGUAAAAAUAAGAUAAACAAACUGUUUAGAGUUAUUUUGUUAAACGUUACGGUAAUGUAAAUCUGCUGUUAAGAGCGCCAGUUGCCAAAACCUUGAGUAAUACAAAUACAAGUCUUUAAAGGUUAUAUUUUGAAUGUAACCAAAAGUUUACAAGUUUUUGUCCCAAUAUUAAAUUUCUAUUUCAGGGAAGAAGUGAUAAUCUCCUGUAUUGUAUUUUGUAGAAAAUUUGUAUUUUAUGUUGUUGUUAGUUUAAAAGGUAAUUUCACACAUGCUGGAAUAGUGUAAUUAUCCUAGAAUUCCAAGUAGAAAAAUAAGAUGUUUGUUGACUUUGAAUACAAUAAUUUUAAUAUACUUUUUAAACAUUGAGAAGAAUGUUCAUGUUAACUCUUUUUACAUUACAAAAGGCUUUUGAGGGUGCGUAAGUCUGAAACUGCUCUUACGAACUUUAAUAGAAUAGUUAGGUAAUAGAAAAACACAUAAAAAUAAAGCAAUGUUGCCUUAAUUUUAAAAGCUGCUGUUUUAGAACUUGACUAAGUGCCCCUAAAGUGGCUGUUAUUAGGGACCACAAAUUUAUAUCUUCAUUAAGUAUCAAGUGACCAUUUUCUUUUUUGUACUUUAGAAUAUUUUUGGUGAAUUAUUUUGUUGUAGGUAAGGAAAAAUUCUAAAGACAUUCCCCCUUUUCUUAAAAAAUGGAAACAUUCAAGUGAGACUUGACAGGAAUAAUAUGAAAUUUAAGUAGAUCCCCAAUAUUUUGGAAUUCCAAAAUAGCAAUAAAAUUCUCUUUUGUUUUCUAGCAUGGGAUCAAGUACUUGAGAUUAGUACUUCAGAGUACUGAUCUUAUAAAAUUUAGUACUUCAAUUAAUAUUAAACUUAAAAAGUAAACCAUACCCCAAAUUAUAUAUUGGAUUGCAUUUUGGGGUCCUAGGUUAUAAGUUUUUAAAAAUAAUAGUACUUGAAAUUACAGAUGUUAUUAUAAUUACAGUCAACUUUAUAUUAUCAGGCCAAUUAAAGGAGAGCAUGACAGAGAAAAUCAUUUAUAUUUGAUUUUAAAAUUUAUUUUUGUACUUUAUUUUGAAUAUCAGUAUGUCUGACAUUCUUGGAAUUUGCAGCACCAUGUGAUUUAAAUUGAAAUGAGCCUGAUAUGAAGAUGUGAUUAUAGAGAAGCAGAAGCUUUGUUCUUUUCUUCAAGCUCAAAAUCGGUAACAUCACUAGUUGGACCAAACUGAGUAAUUUGUGCUCUUGACGUUUUGUUUUUUAAGCUUAUUGUCUAGUGUAGAAAGUAUUUUUGUGUAGAAAUUAUUUCCUGAAGGUUAAAUUAGCAUGUAAGACAGACCUGUAGUUCUUGCGUCCUUUACGUCUUUCUCUUGGUCUUCAUGGAUGUGAUGAAUGAGAAUUCUGCCGCCUUAAUAGAGUUCAUUGGAAACCUGUGUUCUCCUACCUCCUCUGACCCUCCAUGAGCUCAGUUUUGAGAUAAUGGAAAAUUGACUGGAAAUUCAAAACUCCAACUACUAUCUUUUAGAUAAAUACUAUUAAUUAAAAUGUGCCUUUUGAAGAUAUGUUUGAAAAGAAAGGAAAUAAGUUGCUGUGAUGUGAGUUCUUUCAUAAAACAGUUUUUUCAGUAUUUUGAGAAUUGCCAUAUUAAUUUUUAUAAUGGAAAAUUUAGUAGAUUACUACUGUUUUAUAUCCUAAAAUUAAAAUAGUGUGAAAAUGUUUUUAAAUGGUCUGACCAUGCCAGAAAAAUAAAGUUGAAAUAUUUAAGAUACAAUUACAAGUCAGAGUAUAUUGGUUGUAUUUUGUAAACGUUCAUGAACUUAAUUCUUAUUUAAAUAUUGUGGUUUUUUCCAAUGGUUAUAUUUAUAGUCAAACAUAAUAGACUAAAGGUAAUAAAAAUCACUGUUUUAAGGUUA